AAAUUUCCCGUUGCCAAAUAUCAUAUGCCUCAAAAGUUUUUCCUGCGUAUGAAGUCACGUUGAAUCCAAUCUAGAAUAAGGAAAAAAAAAACUUCUGUCUAAGCAGAAAAUGUAGAACACAGUUUUCGAAUUGGUCUACAAAUAAUUUUGAUACAUUCCAACCUAACCUAAUAUCUAACUGACAGCUAACCUCUCAACAUUUUAUCAGUUUUGAAUACAUCUAGCUCCUGCAGAUUAUAGUUAAAUAUUUUGAAUACGGAAACGCUUCGACAUGUCCUGCAAGAAUAGAGGUCCCAUCGGUAUAACGAGAUCUCAGAGGCUUUGGAACGAUCCCAAAACUGCUGUAGACGAAUACUUGCUAGGUUUUGCCCUGACACAUCCUGGGACUACAGUUCUCGAAGAAUACAGAGCAAUUCUACGAAGAGACUAUGCUGAAAUGCCUGGGAAGGUAAAAUUAAUGUCUGGUGGAGGAGCGGGCAAUGAGCCGACACAUGCCGGUUUUGUUGGACCAGGAAUGCUGACUGGCGUCGUUGUGGGCGAUAUAUUUUCAGCACCUCCCACCAAAUCGAUAUUAAAAGUCAUUCAACAAUUAGGCACCAAUCAUUCACCAGGGGUACUGAUCAUCAUUCAAAAUUACACCGGCUACCGCAUCAACUUUGGACUUGCUAAGUCAAGAGCGCAGAAUGAAGGCAUAGUCGUUUCGAUGCUCACUAUUGGAGAUGAUACCUGUUUAAAAUCAUUUGAAAAAACAGCUGGGCGUCGAGGCUUAGCUGCUACUUUGUUCAUUCACAAGAUUGCAGGAGCCAUGGCUGAGGAAGGCAGAAAGUUAGGAGAGAUUUGGGCAGUUUGUAACAAAAUUAUAACGUCGGGCGAACUUGCUACCAUCGGCAUUUGCACUAGGAUCCCACCACCAGCUGGCAUUUGUGCAUGUACUGGAAAUCCAAGUACAGAACAGAUAGAGAUCGGUGCGUUUGGCUUUGGGAUCCAUGGCGAACCUGGAGCAAAACGAGUUGACUUUACAACUGCUAAAGACAUUGUUUGUCAGUUGAUAGAUAUUAUGACAGAUGUAACAGCGGAAGCAAGUUUGAAAUUUACUGAGCCUGAUGAUUCCAAAACGGCUGAAAAUAAGGUUGCUGUAAUUAUUAACAAUCUCGGAGGGUCAAGUCAAAUAGAAUUAGGUGUAUUUACAAUGGAAGUCAUACAACAGUUGACCUCUCGUGGCUUAUGUGUUGAAAGAAUUUACGUUGGAACCCUCAUGACUUCUUUGGACACCAGUGGCUUCCAAUUGUCAGUGCUGAAACUGUCAUCAGAUACAAGACUCAUCAAAUAUCUCGACACUCCGACAGCUGUUCCAGCUUGGCCCAAAGUAUUAAACUGGAAUGGCUUACGUACUAAUGUGGAGGUAAUGUCACUCGAACAAGGCUCUAAGAUAUCAAGACUUGGUGUUGUCUGUGGAGGUGAUAUACCGGAAAUUGAAGCUUGUGGUCCUGUACUCGAUGAACGUACAGCUCAAGUCUUUCUUAUGAUACUAACGUUUGCAUGCGAUGCAUUAACUAGCUGCUCCAAGCAGCUAAAUAUCAUGGAUGAAGAUUCGGGAGAUGGAGAUUGUGGUACAUCUAUUGCACAGGGCACUAGUGCCGUAAAAGCAGCAAUCAAAGAAAAACAAAUUUCCGGUUCGAGACCAUUUGUUACACUCAGGCAAAUCAGUUAUAUCAUCGAGCGAGUGAUGGGUGGAAUUAUGGGCGGGCUGUAUUCACUGUUUUUUGAUGCAGGUGCUAAGGAGUUUGCAAAAAGAUCCCAAAGAGAACCAGUUGAUGCUUGCAUGUGGCUCAAUGCGCUUGCAGCGGGUAAUAAAGCAAUAGCAGAAUAUGGUCAGGCAGCUGCUGGAGACAGAACAAUGCUUGAUCCACUGCUUGCAGCCCAAGAUCAUCUUGCGGAGGCAUUGACGUUAAACUUACAUCCUAUCAGGGCCUUUGGAAAUGCUGUAAAAGCAGCAGAAUCUAAAGCUAUUGAAACUAUUAAAAUGCCGGCAGCUGUGGGUAGAGCUAGUCUGAUGAAAUGCAAGCGAUUUGAAUAUCCGGAUCCAGGAGCACAUGCAGUUGGAAUUUGGAUGAGAGCUGCAUACGAAGGUGUUAAAUUAAAAAUGUCAUGCCAAUUCUCGUGCCGAAGGAUUGUUGCCUACGAUCCUUUUACCGAGGGGAAAAUGAACGCAGUGAUUGCGCUCUGUACAUUCUGCGAAAUGCACGGGCCUCAAGUAGUAUUCACAACACAAACUUAUCGCAAUUGCUUCGACAACGAGAGUACAGAAAAGCUUAAAUUCUACGGGCCUAAGGAUGUUUUGAAGAAAGCUGACAGCCCCCAAGGGAAAGCUCAAUCAGAAGACUGUGAAGGCUGCAAAAGUUUGGGAAAUAUUAAAUAUUUGAGCAACGAACAUGAAACAAGAACCUCAUUUCUCUCUGCUCAAUGUCCGCUCACUCAGGAAAUAGGAAAUCUAUUGAAAGAUGCAUGUAUAAGAAGCUUGAGCUGCGAGGUACACUCAGGAAAAGAAGGCAUAUGCUAUUUCGGUGACGACCAUAGAGGUCAUGUUUUGAGUCAAACAUUUACAUUGAAAGAUGCCCAGACUCGAGGAUUCAGAAGGUGGUACAGUUUCAUAGUGUUUAUGCGCGACAAACAAUUUCUCUUGAAUAUGUGGCCAUUCUUAGUUGAUAACUUGAGAGAAGUGAUUAGAGAACUUCAAGAUAUUUCGGAGAAAAAGUACAACACAGAAGAAGCCGAAUGCCCCCAAAGAGCUGCUAGAUUAAAAACCGCUAGUAGCGGGUCCGAAGCUAAUUCCAAUAAGCAGCCUAGAUCACUUGGAGAUAUUACAAAUGAAAAGCAUGUAUUUGCAAGGAUACACAUGUGGUUAGUGUGGAUACUUAGUGCAGGAGCUAGACAUUUUGUUGAAAUAUUACCAAUGAAUUUGUUAGAUGACGAAUUGAGCUAUGACUUGGAACAUCACAUAGAAGUAGAUGAAGGCUUUACCCUGGUCAAUGCAAAAUCACCCAUUAUACCAAAACUUACACUAGAGGAGACAAAAGUGGCAUCAGAGUUUUUAGAUGUUUCUUAUAAAUCGCCAAUAACCAUUUUGAAGGAAAUCAGAUGUAUUCUUGGAAAAGAGCAUUUCCGACAAGUAUUGUAUGCAAGUUUGACGGGCAUUCAAGUUUUAGUACGGGGUUCAAAACUAGAAGUUCUAGAGUUGUUGUAUGGACUGAGCUACUUGGUUCCAGUAGCAUGUAGACGAGUUGUCACGCAAGCAUCUGAAUAUAUGAAUCCAAACACGUGCAAUUUUAUUGGGGUCGACACAUCCGUGGCAGUACCGUUGCUGAGUUCCGACAUAUGUCGAUUGGAUAUCAUACCAAAAGAGCAUAAGAUUGCAAAUGAAAACUCGUACAUUGUCAGGUGGGCCGGUACUCUGCCUGCAAAGUUACCCACACUAUUGGUUAAAAUAGAAAAGUCGUUUGACAACGAAAAGCUCGGAGAACCUGUUUUGAAAGCACAUUUUGUUGCUCUCCAAGAAGAAUGGGCAAACAUAGCCAAAGUAGUGCAUGCUAUGAGAGGCCGGGGUCACAGAGGAGAUUUGUCCGGACUGAUGAUGAGCUUAGGAGCAGGUCCUCAUGAUCAAAAAUUAUUGGAUGCUUGGUCAAUGGGUUUACCAUCCAAUCCUGCAUAAUAUGGACAAUGUGUUUACAAUUUAGCCCUUCAGGUAAUUGAUUUGAUUCAUUACAAGAAUGUGGGCAAUAUGGUUUUAAUGAAAAAAACAAUGAUUAUUCAAGUCCGGUAUUCAUUAUUCAAUCAUUCAAUACUCUUCGAGUUGUGUCUAUAACUACCUGUAACAAUAGAUUUUUUAGUGUAUAUUUGAAGUUGUGCUUUCACACCUACCGCGAACUUUUUUUGUCGCAGUGAGAAAAAACUGACAUAACUAGGAUUAAAUAAUUUAAAAGUAUGUAAGUAAUAUAUAACAGUGUUUAACAUAGUUUAGGGAUGUUAAAUAAAAUAUUCUGUGAUCUUAUAACAA